AUGAAUCAUAUCAGUUCUUACAAUGCUUCCAUUAAAUUGGGUCGAGAUUCAUUCCCGCUGUACAUGGAUAAGCCUGAUUCGUCUGUAUUUGGUAUGCUUGAAUUAACAGGAACAUCGCCACUAGUACCACCCGCUUUAGAGCUAUACACACCACGCAUCCUACUACAAUUAAUUGGCAAAGAGCAUAUGGACACAAAAAUAUUGAGGACCGUCAUAGACAACACCUAUACUAUACCAUCAAAUGAAUGGCAAAUGGUAGAAGUGGAGAAUCGUCAUAACUAUCAGCUACGUUUCGCGAUCAAUAUACCUAGUAAGGUGUUACCAAGUUCGUUUCAGAUGUUGCUCGAACGGGAAUCAGUUGCAAUAGGGGUAGACUAUCUGCUGAAGGUAUCUGUCGUGUUUCAUGAAAAUGACGAUAAACUUGGGGAAGAUUGGAAAAAACUAAGCAACGCCGUCGAUGACGAUAUCUGUAAGACAAAUGAAAGGCAAGAAGGGAAGGAGCUAGUGAUCGUCCAUCCAGUCUAUUUUCACCGAGCAUACAAUCAUCGUAAGAGCAGUAAUAGUAGCUUCAGCCCUCUGUUGCCCGUACCUUCAGUCAUACAACACCAACGGCAACAACAACAACGAUGGCCAAGUAGAGUUCAUUGGGGAGCCAUAUUCAAUCAGAAGCAACAGCAAGCAUGGCAGUACGAAGUUGAAUAUCCAAACCUAUUCGAGCUUGAUGACGAUGCAGAUGGCACUACAGGAUACAUUAGUAUACGUCUAAAACCGACCACCCCUCGCUCACUGCAGCGAAUAGGAAAUAGUAGCCGUGAGUUUUGGCAGAAAUACCCUGUCCAUAGUGACAGCAGCAUUCCCAGAGGAUUUUGCUUAGUCGGUUAUCAAGUGUUACAAAUAGUUGAGAUAGAUGGGUUUCAAAUUUAUUAUCAAGUGCUUUCAGCAUCUACAGAAUGUAUGAAACUAGCACCUUUUGAUAACCACCAAGGUUGGAUACAGUUGUGUGACAUCAACUUUGAUUUGGUGCAUCCAAAACAAUUUUAUGAUCAUGAGAGAAGGGAGAAUAGUCAUAACGAGGACAAAGGUUAUUUCACAUUGCCAACAGUACCAAGAUCAAAGUACCAAAGUCUAGCGGUGAAUCAUUGCAUCAAGUUAACAAUUGCACUUGAUGAUAUGAGUACAGUGGAGAUGACAUUCCCAAUAUCGAUCAUUGGUUACUCUACAUUAUCAGUACUGAGAAAACUACCUUUCGCUGCUGCUUCCACCAAUAAAAUCGAUAUCAUCAACAAUAAACCGCUCGAUUGUCCCAGCAGUAGUAGUGUAUACAGCGUAGAAGGAAAUACAAGUCAAGACAGUGCUAUUGAUGUGGAUUCUUACCGAUCCUCUACCAGCUCAGCAAGUGAGAAAACGAUCACCAUGAGCACUACAAAAAAACCGAGUUGCUCGAAUACAGUAACAACAACCAUAAUAGUAUGA